GUGGGCUUUUAACAAACCUCCUGCUCAAACUAGGAGUCUCUGAGAGUCUGUCAGUGUCGAUGAGCUCCGUCUUUCUGAUUCACUCAUAACUCUUCUCCUCCCUCCCCCCCUCCACUACUCACUGAUCUCCUUCUCUCCCGCUCUCAUCUUUGUUUCCUUUUGCUGCACUCCUUUAUUCUUGCCUGUUGCUUCCUCUGCAGCUGCUGCUGACACAAACUUAGUUUAGGGAGAAAGUGCUGGGUGAUGGACUGCUGAGCGGCUUUUACGUUGCUACAGUGUGAGCUGUGUACAGAGUGAUCAACAGGACUGACAGACAUGGGGAAGCAGAACAGCAAGCUCCGUCCUGAGGUGAUGCAGGACCUGCUUGAGAGCACCGACUUCACCGAGCAUGAGAUCCAGGAAUGGUACAAGGGCUUCCUGAGGGACUGCCCCAGUGGAAACCUGUCCAUGGAGGAGUUCAAAAAGAUCUACGGCAACUUCUUUCCUUACGGGGAUGCCUCAAAGUUUGCUGAGCACGUCUUUCGCACAUUUGACGCUAAUGGCGACGGGACAAUAGACUUCCGGGAGUUUAUCAUCGCACUCAGUGUGACGUCACGUGGGAAGCUGGAGCAGAAGCUGAAAUGGGCGUUCAGUAUGUAUGACCUUGACGGGAAUGGAUACAUCAGUAAAGCUGAGAUGCUGGAGAUUGUACAGGCAAUCUAUAAGAUGGUGUCCUCUGUGAUGAAGAUGCCCGAGGAUGAGUCGACACCAGAGAAGAGGACAGAGAAGAUCUUCAGGCAGAUGGACACCAACAGGGAUGGCAAACUGUCUCUGGAGGAGUUCAUCAAAGGAGCCAAGAGUGACCCGUCCAUCGUCCGCCUGUUGCAGUGUGACCCCAGCAGUGCAGGACAGUUCUAAACCUGAGGCACCUUCAAAACCUUGCUUGUUUAGGUGACUCUAAAUGCCCUUUACUCUCCACCACGGAGCAGACUGAUGAUGAAGGAUGAUGAUGAUUAUGAUGAUGGAAGAGCUGAUGAUGAUGAUGAUGAAGAUGAAGAAGACGGGCCUUUCAAUUUGCACUGAGGUCUUCAAAGACGGGCACAGGAGCUGCUUCCUCCAGUUUUUUUUCCCACCACAAGUUGUUUAAUUAAAACUUCCAAACCCUCACAGAGACACAACAUGAAGACUUUCCCUAACCCGCAUCAGGUUUUCUUCUCACCCCACUGAUUGUAACGGACCCCCCCAGUUCUCCUAUAGGCAUGUUCCGAGUAUAAAGAAGGUCCACAGUAUGUUGUGUAUAUAUAUGUGUGUGUGUGUGUGUGUGUGUGUGCAUAUAUAUACAUAUAUAUAUAUAUA